AUGUAGAAAUCAUUUGUAUUAGGCAAUAAAAUUGUAUGCUCAAAUGAAGCACAUAAAAAAUAAAAUAUGUAAAUUAUUGCUUUAUGUUUAACCGAUGAUUGUAAUUUUAAGAAAACACUUUGUCCUUAAUGUUUUAAUGAACAUGAUAAAAGUCAUAUAAUAAUUGAAUUAUCUGAUUUAACUUCUUAAUUAGAAGAAUAAUAAGCAUUUUAAAUAUAAUAAAGAACUGAGAAAUAUUAACUUUUAAGUUCACAAUAAAAUAUUUGUUUUAAAUUAAUUCAAGAAAAAUUAAAUUAGAUGUUAAAUGAAGCAAAUUAAGCUAAAUAAUUAAGUGAAUAAAAAAUAGAAGCAGAAUCUAAAUAACAUUUUGCAAAUAACUUAAGAAAUGAGGAAGAAUUAGAAUAAUUAACAAAAGAAUUAUAAAAUAAAGUUAAUGCUGAUCAUUUUAAUCCUAGACUUAUUAAGUAUAUUAUUAUUUAUAUUAUAAAGACUUUUAAAUCAUAAAAAUAUUUUAUUUGGAUAUGAAAGAUAUAUAACUAAAUUAUUAUUUGAUACAAGUUUAUUUCUAAAUAAUACAGAUUGUGUUGAAUAAUGUGAAUAUUUUAUGGAUAAUUAAUUAAUGAGUUUAAAAAAUCUUAUAAACAACAUUAAUGAAAUUAGAUAAGAAAUAAUUGUUGGAUUCUAAGAUGAAGAAUAAAAUCUAUUAUAUAUGCAAUCUAUAUUAGAAAAAUAAGAUUAGAAUUUCUAACUCUACAUAUCAUAAAAACCUUAAUAAAUUAGUGAUGAAUAGAUUCAAUAUAUGAAUAAUCUAAUAAAAUUACCUAUUGGGUAAAUAUUACAUUUAUAUCCUACAGAAACACUUACAAAUAAUUAAUUUCAGAUCAUUUUUGAUAAUCCUUUCUCAAAAGUAAUAACUAAAUAGAAUCUAAAUCAUUUGAAAUCAAUAUCUAAUGAUAAAUCUUUAAUUUGUAUAGGAGCUAUUAAAUAAUCAGAUCCUAAUCUUCUUAUUCUCUGCUCUAUUGAUUAUGCAACUGAAGUAUUUUAAUCUACGUCAUAAUUCAAAGUAGCUAGAAAAAGUAAAAAUGGAUCAGUUUAUUGGUAUAACAAAUAUGGAGUAUUUUGUGGAGUCAUUGGAUUCUCACCAACAUAAUAAAUUGAUAUUGGAAAUGCACUCAAUAUUCACUAUGACACACAUAUAUUUGAAGGAGAUUUACGUUUCAGUAUGUAGGUAGAUCAUAAAUCAAAUUGUAGAGUUGGAAAGGAAAUUAUUGAUAAUCAAAAUUAU